AUGGCCUACACGGCUCCUCCAAUCUUCUCGAUCUCCAGUUCUCAAACCUUUCGAUUCAUCGCUCUUUUCUCCAUCGAACCUCAACCACCAAUCGCAACUACAGCGUUUUGCGUUUUCACCUAUCAGAAUCGAUCUGCAUUAACCAAACCAGAAUCGAUCUUCGAUGAAGUCGAACGGAAGUGCUUGUAUUUCAAGGUGAAUUACCUUAUCGUCGCGACUCGUUGGAUUCUCGCUCGUGACUCAUCAUUACUCUCUCGUCUUCCUCCUUCGUGUUUGAAGAAGAUGUUAGUUUUAAGGAAUUGA